AUCCAUCUUUAAUUAGUACCUACAAAUCAUUUUGGCUGAUAGUCAAUAUAAGGCAAAAGAAAAAAGCUAAGCGCAUGGGGAGUUCAAAAAGCAGCAGCAAACAUCAAGCUAGACAGCAAUUACAGCCCACCACCAAACUGCCCUUUCACAUAGGGAAAAUUUACAAAGAAAUGAGUUUGCAAUUUGCUUGCUCUAAAGAGAUACAAGAAUGAGAAUUGCCUACUUGGUAGAAAAGGGUUUCACAUCCUUUCCUCCAAUAUUAGGAGGCCAUACACUUGUCCAAUAAUCUCAAGAGAUGUGGCCAGUUGCUAAGAAAAAGACACCCCACUCUCAAACCUUUUCUAUUAAAAAAUAACAAAAACAUGUAAAUAAUUUACUAAAAACAAAAGAACAAAGGAGAGACCAAGAACUUUAGCCAUUUUUUCCUGGGGUUUCAUCAUAAGGUAGAGGUACUCCAGCAUCCCCAACAAAGUUUUCUUGAGACCAGGGAUAAAAAGAAGAGAAAGAAAAAAGAAGCUAGACAAUGGAAAACAGUUUCUCCAGGACAAUAUUUUCAUGAUUUUAAAAAUAAAAAGAUUGAACACCUGAUUCUAGUUUGAGUUUGACUUUAAAAGGCUGAGGUCUCAUUGCUUUCAUUCUUGGUUCUCUGGCAUUGUAGAGAGGUGGAGUGGACACCACAAUGGUCGUCCGCAGGUAGACAAAGUAUCCCACUAAGAUCUUCCACACUUUUUACAAUAGCUGUCUUUUUCACUCAAUUCCAGGACCCUCCUUUGCUCAUUUUCACUUUCAAAAGCAAAAGCUGCUAAUCUAGCUAUGCCACUUUUUUUUUUCUUGUAUAGUUUUCACCCUGCAUUUUUAAGGGAAAAAAAUUACUAACAGACCAUAUGUGGAAAAUGCAUGGUGAAGAACAUAGCAAUGGAACACACUCAGAAGAAAAUUCAAAGGAACUUAGGCAACAACAUGCAUGAGUAACGAAUAGAAUUGCUUCUUUCUUUGUAUAUUUUUCAGGGGUUAGGGGGUAGUUCACCAUCUUUAUUUUUCUCUGCUAAUGGUAGUCGGGGAAGGAAUUGACUCCACCUUUUCCGUUUUUAUAUACAAUACCCGACCACCUUUAACAUCUUGUUUUUCUCAAGUGAAUUAGGUCCAUCAGCCUUUACUUUUAACAAUACCAAUAUAUUGGUUUAGGACAU